AAUGUUUUCUUGUUUGUAUUGGUUCGUUGGCUGGUUUCAUUGUAUGCAUGUUCUUUUCUCUUAGCAAGUUUGGGUUAAUAAGUUAGGUUGACUUGGUCAAUAGUAUAAAAGUUUAUUUUGUAAACCUAAGUUUUCCACUUUGGUUUUCAAAAAUAUUUUAAUUUUUCAUCCAACCCAGGCUCUUAUCAAUUCAAGUUUCUAUUUAAAAAAAGGUAAUUUUAGCAGAUCGCUAAUUUUAUAACUUCCAGUCCUUUAUUUUUGGAAGUGGUUUGGAAGAACUGCAUUUAGAGUUCUAUAGACACUGGGCUGUUUAAAAUGGAAGAAGAAACCGAGAUUUUAAAUCACAAGCCAACAACAACAACACUCCAAGAGACCCAGUGGAAGUUCAAAGAUGAAAUCAGGACAAUAGACUUUGUUCUUGUGUGGGAUGAACGUUGUGAAGAAUCUCGCACAAUAGAGAGUUCCAAAAAGAGAGAGAUUUACGAAGCCAAUCUCAUCGAGGCAGGCUUAGAGCUUGAACAUGAGGAUGUCGAAGACACUGGCCUCCAUUUUGUUAAGAUCCACGCUCCUCUUGAAGUUCGUCAGCGUUUUGCUGAAAUCCUUAAACUUCGAAUGCCAAUGAGAGAAGAGUUGUACUCUGGCUCUAAAUAUUCCAAGCAAGGUUCUUUCAUCCAAAUCUCAAAUUAUAUUUCAGAAAAGCUACAUAAGGUACAGAAGCCUGAAACAGACACUAUGUUUUCUUGUUGGAAAAAUUGGUUGAAGGAAAAUAUAUUUAUAAACCAAGAAGUGUUUCCAGAGUACAAACAGAGAUUCACUGCCAUCUACAGCCGAGAUAAAGAAUAUUUGUUUGACUCAAGUUCUCCAGGCUUUUUUACUCCUGCCAUCAGAUCCAGAAUAGUUCAGUUUGUCUUAGAUAGAACAUUUUUCAAGAGUGAUGAUGGGACCAAGGCAAACAAUGUGUUCAGUUUUGGUAUUGAAAGACUCAUAAGUUACAAUGUGUAUUCCGCUGCAUAUCCUUUACACGACGGCGACCUGUACACCCCGGGUACUAUGAGGUACAGUUUCUACCAUCACUGGGCUUCCAUACAGAGAUGGUAUCGCUACCAACCCAUCGAUCAUAUCAGGCAAUACUUCGGGGUCAAGAUCGGACUGUACUUCGCAUGGCUGGGGUUCUACACACACAUGUUGUUGCCGGCCUCUGUCGUCGGACUGGCAUGUUUCCUCAUCUCCCUUUGUCUCCUGUCCUACGAUCAACCAACGGAGGACAUUUGCUCAGGAGAUUUGAAUGCUCAGAUGUGUCCUCUGUGUGACUACUUCUGCAGCUACUGGGACAUUUCCGAGACUUGCUCCUACACCAAGAUACUCUAUCUGUUUGAUAACUACACCACUGUGUUCUUUGCUGUCUUCAUGUCGUUCUGGGCGGCCAUGUUCCUGGAGAUGUGGAAGCGCUACUCGGCGGAGAUCACGCAUCGCUGGGACCUGACCGGGUUCGACACACAGGAGGAACAUCCGCGGCCGCAGUACCUUGUGCAGCUCACUCGACUCGAGACCAACCACAAGGUGGAGUACAAGCACAAUGUCAUCACCAACGCUGUCGAGCCCCGAGUGCCAUUCUGGAAAAUGAGGUUCCCCUCGACUAUCUUCAGCUUUUCAGUCGUACUGUUGUUGGUGUCCCUGGCCAUAGCCGCAGUGAUUGGGGUCACGUUGUAUCGCAUGUCGGUGUUGGCAGCCCUGAGUGUCUACGGAGAUUCUGUUAUCACCAGCUACGCCAUCAUCAUCACCACCACUACUGCAGCUACUAUCAACCUGGUCUGCAUCUUCGUCUUUAAUUGGAUGUACACGUACUUGGCCGAGUACCUGACGGAGUUAGAGAUGCUGCGGACACAGACUGAGUUUGACAAUUCUCUCACACUCAAGAUGUACCUGCUGCAGUUUGUCAACUACUAUGCUUCCAUAUUCUACAUCGCUUUCUGCAAGGGGAAACUGGUCGGAUUUCCUGCAAAGUAUAACCGCCUUUUUGGAUAUCGCCAAGAGGAGUGUGGUCCUGGAGGCUGUUUGUUGGAGUUGUCUAUACAGUUAGCCAUCAUCAUGGUUGGAAAACAAGCUUUCAACUCUUGUCUGGAGAUGGUGUAUCCGAUCGUGUGGAAGUGGUGGAACUCGAGACACCUGAAGCAGCGCAGUGCCAAGGGUCGAGCCUCUCAGUGGGAGAAGGACUACAAGCUGGUAGAGUGGGGAUCUCAGGCCUUGUUCCCGGAGUAUCUGGAGAUGGUGUUGCAGUACGGGUUUGUCACGAUAUUUGUGUCUGCGUUCCCUCUGGCGCCAUUGUUUGCAUUGCUCAACAACAUCCUGGAGAGCCGGUUGGACGCCAAGAAGCUUGUCACGUACCAUCGACGACCGGUGGCUCAGCGUGUCAGGGACAUCGGAGUGUGGUUCAACAUUCUAGACUCUGUGUCCAAACUGGCCGUUAUCACUAAUGGGUUUAUUAUAGCGUUCACCUCGGAUUUCGUGCCAAGGUUGUUGUACAAGAUGAGUUCGCCUGACCACAGUUUGACAGGCUAUAUGAACCAUUCCUUGGCUUACGUUGAUGUGCGAGAUCUGGACAUGCAGGGCAAACCUAACUCCUCUCUGCAGUAUUGCAGGUUCAGUGACUACCGUGAACCCCCUUGGUCGCCUCACAAGUAUGAGAAGACCACGAUGUACUGGCACGUGCUGGCGGCUCGAUUGGCUUUUGUUGUUCUUUUUGAGAACCUGGUGGUGGUGCUGGUGUUGGUCGUGCAGUGGCUCAUUCCAGACAUUCCAGCCAAGCUUAGUGAGCAAAUCAGAAGAGAGGCUUACCUCACUAAUGAGAUCAUCAUCUCUCAAGAGGCACAGAGAGUCUGCAAGAGAUCCCGCAGUACUACCAACUCACUAGAGUCAGUAGAACCAACCUUCACGAAUAAGUCCCCUGACAUACUUCCAAACAAACAUCAAUCCAAGUUUACGAGGGAGGAGAUACAAGACGCAGCCAUGAUUCAUAGACCUCAAAGUUUCGGGGAGAUUUGUGAGGAAUGUGUAUGAUAGUCGUAUUAUUGCGGGGGGGGGGGAGUGGUUUUAACUAUAUAGUUAUUAUUUUAGGCCCCAUUCAUGCACCAACAGCGGGAGCGGUAGCGAUUUUCAACACCAUUGAGUUAAAUGGGGCUGUUUUUGCACGAAGAGCGAUAGCGGUAGCGGUUGACGUCCCGCUGCGGUUUCUAAUUCGACCGCUGUGUAGUUAGAAACCGCAGCGGUUGCUUGGGAUAGAGCGGUUUAUAACUACAUUGAGUCAAACGAGACUGUUUAUGCACGGCGGGAGCGGAAGCGGCUGCAGCCAGGGUUGCCAACUUGACCCACGCACACGUGCACUUAGGACAAAUAGUUGUGUUAAUUAUUUGGCAGAGUUUGAGUUGGCAAGACUGUGUCCCCCUUCCAUUCUCCGUUCUCCAACUGCUACCGCUAUCGCUUGCACAAUUUUGACCACAGCGGGAGCAGGCCCGCUGUUGGUGCAUAAACGGGGCCUUAGCUCAAUGGCUUUAUUUUACCUUGCUCUGUCAAGUGAUCCUAGAUUGUAGUAACACUGCUAUAGUUUUUGGACCAACAGAGUUCAUCUUCAAGUGCAACAAAAAACACAUCAUUCAUCCAACCAAGUUGAUGUUUUUGUCGCGCUUGAAGAUGAACACUAUUAGUCUGAAAUUAUAGUAGUAGUACAAAUCUAAGUUUAUUUUACAGAGCAAGGUAACCUAAAACACUUUAGCUAGUUCAGUGAUUCAGAGGUUGUUUCACCAUGAUAUUAUUUUAAGUGAAAGCCAGUGACUGAAGGAGUUUUUUGUGGGAAGGCGUAGAGUUUAGCUUACCAGAACACAUCUACCUGAGGCCAAAAAAAUUAGUACUUAAUACUAUUGUUACCACUAUUGUCUUGUGAUAUUUUUUGGCUUAAGUUUCUCAGGUACGAAGCUGAACUCUCCUUCGUUCAUAAAACUUCUAUUAUUUAUAAAAUGUGCAAUAUUUUAUAAAAUUGUAAUUGCUGCAUUUUGAAUAGGAAUGUCAGGUAUUUGUGAUUAACUUAAAAGUUUUAUAUUGCUUUAUGUUUACUAUUUUCCUAUAGCAUAAUAUUUUUAAGCAUUGUUAAAUUUGGUAAUGCUUUUUAAAUAAUUUAAAAGAUCUUUAUAUUUAACUAGGAACUAGUUUCCAAACUCCUGUUACGAUUCUAUUUGCAACGAAUCUCAAUGUACUGAAUAGUCUUAUAUAUUACUAAUGGAAUCUAUUUAUAAAAAAUGGAUCAAGUCUCCAUUCGGAAUUACGCUUAUAAGUGCCAAAAAUAUCUUGUGCAAUCAUAAUGUAACUAUCAAGUUAUGUUUUGUUAUUUACUUAAUACUCGAUAUCUAUCAAUUGUCAUAGUUAUUCUUUAUUUUCUACAUGACUGUAGAGAAAAUAUACUGGGCUUUGGUAGAAAAUGAUUUGUCUUGUAAUGUAUCUUGAAGAAGAUUUACUUAUCGAUGCUUGCAAGAUGAAGGGGCAUAAGUACAUAUAAUAUGAUAUGUAGUUAGGCCCUACAUAUAUGUAUGUAUGUAUAUGUAUGAUCAUGAUGCCUUGCAAGCAACGUUAUGUUAUAGAAAAACUUUCUCCCUUGGUAGAUUUCUCAUCCUUAUGGAACAGCUGAAGCCAAUUUUAUUUUUAGUUCUGUCCGGUGCACUGUAGAUCUAGUGUUUUGUUUACAAUUUGUUUCUUGUUAUAUCAGUAAGUAAAAACCUCGUUUAACCAAAUAAAAGUAAUCAGUGUCACCAGACAUAAACUAGAAAAACGAGCUUCAAAAUUUACAAUGGGAUGGGAUGGGAAGUCGUAAUGGGAACUGCAACAAUUCCUUGAUAACAAACUGUUUGUUGUAUUUUAAUAAUUUAUGAAUUGUUUGUGAUAAUAAUUUUUAAUUUAUUUGUUUGUGUAUUGCCCAGUAUGUUUAAUCUACAGCUUGUGGGAGUUACUUGAGCUUUCAAUGUGAUAUGCAUUGUAAUCCUAUACUGGAUUGUGAUAUUGUUAGUCUUGUUUAUGAUUAAUUACUAAGUUACAAAAAUGGUUUAACAUUUGCUCAAAUCAUUUGUGGUCUUAUUAACUAUUUAUUAAACUAUUUAUUUUAAU